AUGGACGCGAGCCCCAAGAUGUUGAGAUCCAACCGGCUAAAGCAGGUCUUCGAUGAAGGCAAGCGCCCCGCUUGGGGCUUCUGGCAGGUGCUGCCCGGGGCCAACAUGUCGAGGCUUCUUGCAAGGUCAGGGGUGGACUGGGUGAUAGUCGACUGCGAACACGGCAAUAUUGAUGAUGGCGCGAUGCACGACGCGGUCCCUGCCAUCGCGGCGGAGGGAGUUUCCCCUAUUGUUCGCCUGCCAGACACCCAGCCAUGGAUGGUGAAGCGCGCACUGGAUACCGGAGCACACGGGAUCCUGGUUCCUCUCAUUCGGACCGUCGAAGAGGUCAAGAAUCUGGUUGCUGCGGCCAAAUUUCCGCCGCAGGGACAGCGAGGAUUUGGCUCCCCGUUGGCAAUUCAGACCUUCGGGUCUGGUUUGAGCCCGACAGAGUAUCUGCAGCAGGCGAAUGACAGCCUCUUGACAAUGGUGCAGAUCGAAACUCGGGAGGCGCUAGAGGCGGUGGAAGAGAUAGCGCCGCUUGUUGACGUCGUGUUCGUUGGACCCUUCGACCUUGGCAACAGUAUCGGCCAUCCAAUCUUGGGCAGCAAGAUGGACCCAGAGCUCCACGAAGCUGUCGCGAGGAUCUUCAAAGCCACCGUGGCGGCUGGCAAGAAGUGCGGUAUUUACUGCGGUUCCGGAGAACAGGCGAAACAGUAUGCGGAUAUGGGGUUUCACAUGGUCACUGUCGCAGCCGACUACCUUGCCCUAGCCGGCGCAUUGGCUAACUCGCUCGCCAUCGCUCGGGGCGAGGGGAAGUGA